AGCUGCGGGACCCACAAUCAACACCACGUUCUGUACUCCCCCCACCGUAGUCCUUGUACCUCCGAGAUCGAGGAGGACCCCCCUCUACAGUGGUCUCAUGUCGCAGAGCGGAGCAGGCCCUGAGCAGCGCCAGCAGGCGCCGGAGGAGGACACCACGGUCACUGCCUUCCAAGCGAGCGAACACCAACAUAUCCGCUACAAUCCACUGCAGGAUGAGUGGGUGCUGGUGUCGGCUCACCGCAUGAAGCGACCCUGGCAGGGCCAGGUAGAACCCCCGCUUCUGAAGGCAGUGCCCCGGCAUGAUCCCCAAAACCCUCUGUGCCCGGGGGCCACACGGGCCAAUGGAGAGGUGAAUCCCCACUACGAGGGCACUUUCCUGUUUGACAACGAUUUCCCAGCUCUACAGCCUGAUGCCCCUAAUCCAGGACCCAGUGAUCACCACCUAUUUCAAGCAGAGGCUGCUCGAGGAGUUUGUAAGGUCAUGUGCUUCCACCCCUGGUCGGAUGUGACACUGCCACUCAUGUCAAUCCCUGAGAUCCGGGCUGUCAUCGAUGCGUGGGCCUCUGUCACAGAGGAGCUGGGUGCCCAGUACCCGUGGGUACAGAUCUUUGAGAACAAAGGCACUAUGAUGGGCUGUUCCAAUCCUCACCCUCACUGCCAGGUAUGGGCUAGCAGUUUUCUGCCAGAUAUUGUCCAGCGUGAGGAACGAUCUCAGGAGGCCUAUCGGCGCCAGCAUGGCAAACCCUUGCUUAUGGAGUAUGGUGACCAGGAGUUGCUUAGAAAGGAACGUCUGGUUCUGACCAGUGAGCACUGGUUAGUUCUGGUCCCCUUCUGGGCUGUGUGGCCCUUCCAGACACUGCUGCUGCCCCGCCGGCAUGUGCGGCGGCUGCCUGAGUUGACCCCUGCUGAACGUGAUGAUCUAGCCUCUAUCAUGAAGAAGCUCUUGACCAAGUAUGACAACCUUUUUGAGACAUCUUUUCCCUACUCCAUGGGCUGGCAUGGUGCUCCCACUGGAUCAGAGGCCGGAGCCAACUGGGAUCACUGGCAACUUCAUGCUCAUUACUACCCUCCACUCUUGCGUUCUGCUACUAUCCGGAAGUUCAUGGUUGGCUAUGAAAUGCUUGCCCAGGCUCAGAGAGAUCUCACACCAGAGCAGGCUGCAGAGAGACUAAGGGCGCUUCCUGAGACUCAUUACAGCCUGCGGCAUGAGGACAAGAAAGCAGUGGCUGACAUUUGACCACAAUGACCACAGGGCCUUCUGCUUGAGGGAAUAGGGCUUCAGGCCUGGGCAGAUGUGGGGUCAAUAAAACUGCUUCUCAAACUUUAA